GUCUUUAAAACCCAAAAACCAUCUCCAACUUAACACAACUUAUAAUCAUCCUAUUUCUACUGCAGAGAGUCUGCCUCCAAUCUAAACCGUCAGGCUAGAAAAUCUGCUUCUGGAGCCAUGAUCGAUUUGAAGCCACCUCCUUAUGCAUUGGAUGCUCUUGAACCACACAUGAGCAAAGAGACAUUGGAAUAUCAUUGGGGAAAACACCACAGAGGUUAUGUCAACAAUCUAAACAAGCAGAUUGAGGGAACUGAACUACAUGAAAAGUCAUUAGAAAGCAUAAUAUUAGCUUCAUAUAAUAAAGGCGAUAUUCUUCCCGCCUUCAACAAUGCUGCACAGGUUUGGAACCAUGAAUUCUUCUGGGAAUCUAUGAAACCUGGUGGUGGUGGAAAGCCUUCCGGAGAACUUUUAGAAUUAAUAAUCCGAGAUUUCGGUUCGUUUGAAGCGCUAAUUCAAGAGUUUAAGUUAGGUGCCGCUACUCACUUUGGUUCUGGAUGGACUUGGCUUGUAUAUGACAUAGAGCACAAGAAGCUUGCUGUGUUGAAGACCUCAAAUGCAAUUAAUCCUCUGGUGUUGGAUUACUAUCCGCUCCUCACCUUAGAUGUUUGGGAGCAUGCAUACUACCUGGAUUUUAAGAACCUCAGGCCCGAUUAUAUAGCUACUUUCCUCGAUAAGCUUGUAUCAUGGGAUGCGGCAAGUUCCAGACUCGAUGCAGCCAAGGUUAGCAUUGAGGGAAAGAAAGAUGGAGGCAAUUGAUGUAAUGCGUAAACACGCCACAAUAAAACCUAUCACUACACCCUUUGGUCGCCACAAUAAAACCUACACUACACCCUUUGGUCUUCUUCGCAUUCCCUCAUUAUGGUUAAGUAUUUAUGAUGUGUCUUCUUGGUUUGGUUUGCUUGUUUGAUCUUCUAGCAUUCGUAUUGAGUUGGGUUGGUCCGAAAAUAACACAUGGACAUUCAAAGUAUUAUUUCUUGUACUUUUA